AUGGCGACCGCCGUCCCUGUGAGCCGCCAGAAGCUCAAGAUCGGCCUCAUUCCUGCGGAUGGUAUUGGGAAGGAAGUCAUCCCCGCCGCACGCGCUGCUAUCGAGGCUUUGGGCUCAGACAUUCCAAGCCAGAGCUUUGAGGUGUUCACACGUUCGGGGGAGGCUUUGCCGGAGGAUACGGUCAGUACGUCCCCGGCACUCCGGGAGUGCGAUUGCGCGCUGUUUGGUGCGGUCAGCUCUCCCGUGAGGAAAGUAACUGGCUAUUCUUCGCCCAUCGUAGCCUUGCGCAAGCAGUUGGAUCUCUACGCGAAUGUUCGACCAGUUAUAUCUGUCGCUGCUAAUCCCGAAGACAAGCCUAACGUCGAUCUCAUAGUCGUACGCGAGAACACGGAGUGCCUGUAUGUGAAGCAGGAGACAAUGACUGUUGGCGAACACGGCAGGGAAGCCCGCGCGACGCGUCUCAUCACCGAGCGCGCAUCCCACCGUAUUGGCAAGAUGGCGUUCGAGAUUGCCCUCGGUCGUCCGCGCAAGCUAGUGACUAUCAUCCACAAGUCAAACGUCCUCUCCGUCACAGAUGGCCUCUUUCGAGACGCCGUCCGCGGCAUCGAGGAGCAGAUCGUAGACAGUGCCGUAUACCGACUCUUCCGGGAGCCUCAGAUCUACGACGUCAUGGUUGCGCCAAACCUCUACGGCGACAUUAUCUCGGACGCAGCAGCAGCCCUCGUUGGUUCUCUGGGCCUCGUGCCCUCAGUGAACGCAGGCGACAACUUCGUCAUGGGUGAACCCGUCCACGGCUCGGCACCGGACAUCGCUGGCCGUGGCAUUGCCAACCCGCUCGCGUCCAUUCGCAGCGCAGCACUUAUGCUCCGCCACCUCGGAUACGCGGCGCCUGCGGACAGAUUGGACAAGGCGGUCGACGAGGUCAUCCGUGAGGGCCAGGUGCUGACGCCAGAUUUGGGUGGGAAGAGCAAGACGAGCGAGGUGCUCGAUGCGGUGCUCAAGCGGCUGUAG